CCCUCUCGUCAUUGCCUCCACGACAACCAGCACAAACACAAGAUACCAUCAUGAGCGCUGUUAAGGGACUCUCGCCUUCCGAAAAGCAAUUUGAUGGAUCACCAUUGCGCGUUGCGAUAGUUCAUGCGCGCUGGAACAAGGAAGUCAUCGACGCGCUCGUCACAGGAUGUAUUUCCACACUGAAGAGCAUGGGUGUCAAGGACUCGAACAUUGUCAUCCAGUCCGUGCCAGGUAGCUUCGAGCUACCCGUAGCUUGUUCCAAAGUGAUUGCCGGAUCGCGCGUGCAGGCUGGCUCCUCCGCAGGCGACCUUCUCGGUCUCUCUUUCAACGCGUCCAAUCCCAAUCUCAAUAAGCCUCCUCCCAGCGCUGGUGCACCCGGUCCUACAGUCGUUUCGAUGCCUGGUACCCCCUUCGACGCCGUCAUCGCGAUCGGUGUCCUCAUCAAGGGCUCCACGAUGCACUUCGAGUACAUCUCCGACGCGGUAUCCCAUGCACUCAUGCGCGUCCAGCUGGACACCAAUGUCCCCGUCAUCUUUGGUGUACUCACCGCGCUCACGGACGAUCAGGCCCUCGAUCGCGCAGGCAUCGGACGCGGAUUUAACAAGGGCCAUAACCAUGGUGAGGACUGGGCGCGCGCAGCAGUCGAGAUGGGCGUGCAGGCCAAGAACUGGCAGGAGGGUAAGUUUGUAUGAUUGUGUACCAGAGGUAGAUGAGAAGACAUGAAGCAAAGUUGGAAGCGUUGUAGAAUUAAAUAUAUAAUACACAUUGCAACCGAUGGGGCCCUAUCAGAGACUCACUGGAAUCGGUAGCCAACCUUACUCAGAGCAACGUCGUCGAU